AUGAGGGAUCAACAUCGAAGAAGCAAAUGGGCAAGGAUCCAAGAAAUCAUCUGGGAUGGCCCUCGCUCAGAAGCAGAGAAGAGACUUGUACAACGGCUUGACAUCUUCCUUAUGACUUGGGCAACAUAUGGGUAUUUCACCCGACUGUUGGACUCUGGAAAUAUCACCAAUGCGUAUAUCUCCGGGAUGAAAGAAGACUUGAACAUACAUGGCAACCAGUACAAUCUCUUGACUACGUUCUUCACUUGUGGAUACCUAGUCGGUCAAAUUCCAUCUCAACUGCUGUUAACAAAAUUCCGACCUUCGUACUACCUUCCAGCUGUGGAAUUUUUAUGGACAAUUAUUACGUUUUGUUUCGCUGCUGUCCAAUCAACAAAACAAGUCUUCGCACUUCGCUUCCUCAUUGGAAUGUUGGAAAGUCCUUUUGCUGUUGGCGUCAUAACAUUGAUGGGCAGUUGGUACACACCCAGGGAACUGGCAAAACGUAUUGCAAUCUUUUACUCGGCAAGCUAUGCAGCAAGCAUGUUCAGCGGAUAUCUUCAAGCAGGUAUAUACAAAGGGCUAGACGACCACCUGGGUCUUCCAGGCUGGAGAUGGCUCUUCAUAUUCUGCGGAAUCAUCUCCUUGCCAACCUCAAUCUGGGGUCUAUAUGCAAUUCCCGAUAGUCCAUACACUACCAGAGCAAGAUGGCUGCCAGGGGAUUCAAAGCAACUUUACAUCGAUCGAAUGAAGAACAUAGAUCGGCGGGCAUCAGCUCCACUGUCCCGGGCAAAAAUUAGAAAAACCUUGACUCACUGGCCUAUAUACAUCAUUUCCCUGAUGUUGAUAUUCCAUUGCCUAGUCACUCAGCCUCUAAAUUAUUUCGCCGUCCGGCUAAAGUCUCUGAAUCGGUUCAGUGUGUAUCAGAUCAACCUGUUCCCAACAGCAGGUCAGGCACUUGGACUUGUGACCACCCUUGCGUAUGCAUGGGUAUCUGAUGGACUUGGAGGAAAGCGCUGGCAAAUUAUGAUUGUGCCUGCUACGUGCAACUUCGUCGGUAUGGUAACAGUAGCCUCGGGUGCUAGUUAUGGUGCUACAUUCUUCGGGUACCUCAUUAAUGCUGCUACUUGGGGCCUUUGGCCUGUGCUGUAUGCUUGGGUCAACGAGAUCUGCCACGAUGAUGCAGAGGAGCGUGCCAUCGUGAUCGGAGUAGCUCAAACACUAGGGCAAGCUUUCAUUGCCUGGGUGCCAGUUGUUAUACUCAACGUUGGCAAAUAUGCACCGAAAUUCAAGAUGGGCUUUACAGUUAUGUCAGUGCUCAGAGUGUGUGAAUUUGGGAUGAUCUUUGUGAUUAAAUAUUUUGUCGACCAGGAUAAGAAGGCAAAUGCCGUAGUUGAGAGUGGCGUGGGCCGGAUCGGAUCCGAUGAUGACUCUCAAGUUGUUACUCAAGAGAAAUGA